UUCUUUCCACUCCUCUGCCAUUUGCUGCCGGUCCCAUCUGCCCGGGGCACUGCCUGCUCAGUCCUCGCUGCAGAGGGAUCUCCAGACACUCUCCCCUGGUCCUUCCCAUUUUCUUGAGCAAGUGGCUUUCCAACCGAAGCUUCGUGUGGGAGGCUUCAUGUUGGCAUCCAGAGUACAUGUCCCAAAUAUGUCCAGCCCCACCUUCUGAUCCUAGUGCAGAGGAGCUGCCGACAGAUGACAGUAGCUAUCCUCCUUCAAUACUGAGGAAAAGGCCACCUGUGGACCAAGCUGUGGGGGAAAAAAGGAAAGCAGAGAGAAGGGUUCGGUUUCGUGAGCCAGAAGAAGUCAUUGAACAUGCCAUUUCCUGCUAUGACUACGUAGUGGUAGAUGACAGGUCAUCAUCUGGAUUGCCUGUGCUCCUGUGGCUCGCAUUUUGUGCUGUGCUGAUCCUCGCUGUGAGUCUCUGCUACACCAGCAUGAAGCAAGAUGUCAAAGUCCUGGAGGAAUUUCAAUCCCGACUUGUUAUCUUCUGUCUUCAGAUUAGACACGUUGCUCAGAAAUGCUGGACUUGGUUUAUGAGGCAGUAGCAAUGGCCUCUGGCCUGGCAGACGUCUCGGAGCACUGAUAACCAGCAUGCGGCAGUGCAAAGCUCCCAGUCUAUGCCAGCCACACGCAGGGAACACAUGAGCACCCACCUCGAAGAGCAAGAAAACCACCCUUGUUGUGCACUGUCCAGCAGCCACUUGUCCUCCUUUCUUUUUGCUUUUUUGUUGGGUUUUUUUUCACAUUAAUGGGUGGUCACAUUAGCGCCCUGAGGCCCCACCAAACUCAUGCUCCAUCAUCCUGAAUAGCAAAUCUGAAUUUUGUGCCCCAAAGAGCUUAAAAACUGAUGAAAUGAGAAGCAGAAGUGAGAGAGAAAUACGCCGAUCGGUACAGGCAGCAGCAAGCUCUGAAUAAAAGUCUCCUGAGUCUCAGGUCAAGACUUUAAAUAUCAAACCAUCUUUCUCCUCAAGUCUCCUAAGAGCUAUUCUGUAAAAGUUAAAAUAAAGCUGAGCUAUUGCACAAACACUGCUCUGGUGGCCAAAGGCUUGGCAAGCUGCUAUAUUUAUACACCUGAAAUGAUUAUUAGUAAAAUCUUCGCAAAUGGC